AUGUACAGCUUGCUGCCAUUUCAUACACUCUUUACCGGCAUCUCUUUGAAUUUUUUCGAAAUGGCACAAUUCUCAAAACUCUCAUCCGUCGCGGUGGCGAUUAUCUCUGCUGUAGUCGUCUCCAGUGCACCAACGACGUUUCAAGGAACAGUGCAAAGAAGAGAGGAGUCGCUUCUGUCGAGCUACGACUAUGUUAUCAUCGGAGGCGGCGCAAGUGGUUUGACAGUUGCCAACCGAUUGACUGAAGACUCAGGUAUGUGCCUCCACAGAGAAUUUUGAGAGAGAGAGAGAAAGAACUUACAUGAAUUAGCCACCACCGUUUUGGUCAUUGAGGCGGGAGACUUGUAAGCUGGGAAUUUACAAGAUAUCGAACAAUAACUAACAUCAGUUUUAGCGACGCAAAGGAGGACAUUGUAACCGUCCCUGGUCUUGCUGGUGGCGCAGUUGGCACGAAUUAUGAUUGGAACAUGACUUAUGCUGCAAAUCCGGCUAUUGGGGGUAGAGAAGCUGCAAUUGCUUUGGGCAAAGUCGUCGGAGGAUCAACCAAAUUGAACCGAAUGGUUUUCGACCGAGGUUCUAAGUCCGACUAUGAUCGAUGGGAGAGUCUUGGAAACUCAGGAUGGGGUUGGGACGGUUUACUUCCUUACUUCAAAAAGGUACGGCCCUUGAGGAGGUUAAGCUUAAGUUUAACCUUGUUUGAACACAAUUUCUCCUCCAACUCGAUACUAAUUAACUACUAGAACGAGAUCUUCACUCCACCAACCCCUGAGAUCGCCAAAGAAUGGGGUGUAACAGUCGACGACAGCGCUCAUGGAACCCAAGGAGCUAUGCAUGUUUCCUAUUCGCCAUUCUUCUGGCCUACAACAAGUUAAUCCCCCCAUGUUGUUGGUUUUCUACUUUCUAACCUUUCAUAGAAAACGUCAUUGAGGCCUUCAAAGAACUCGGAGUCAAGACCGCCCUUGACCAGGCAAACGGUGGAGCUAUCGGUGGUUACUUCUGCCCUCAUAACUUGGACCCCGCAACUAAAACCCGUCACUCUGCACAAGAGGCGUACUUUGAACCUGUCAAAGGGAGACCGAACUUGCACCUUCUUCCUAAGAGACAUGUCACAAAAGUUGUGACCGAGAAAAAAGAUGGUAAAGUGAUCGUCACUGGUGUGGAGGUAUGAUGAGCUGUUCUCCCGAUAUUUGCUUCGAGUACUCACAGUUUUGGUCAAUAGUACGCCGAGAGCAAAGGCUCUACAAAAUCCACCAUCGCAGUCAAGAAAGAGGCCGUCUUAGCUGCUGGAGCCAUCUUCACCCCACAAAUCAUGCAGCUGUCGGGUAUCGGUAGUAGUGCAUUACUCUCCACUGUCGGUAUCGAAGCCGUAGUCGACCUUCCAUCUGUCGGACAGAACUUACAAGAUCACGUCUUGCUCACCACCGUCAACACUCUCACCACAUCAAUCCUCACUUCUGCGAACAUGACAUCAAAUGCUACCUUUGCUGCAGAGGCCCAAGCACUCUACGACAGCAAAAAGCCAGGUCCCCUUUCUACCCCAACCGGAGAUUACCUUGCCUUCCUCCCAUUGGAACAGGUCACUCCCGCUUUCACCUCAAUCCAAACCGCAGCAAAAGGCCAAGAUGUCACUAAAUUACUCCCAGCAAACACUCCACAAGAGGUCGUGGCCGGUUAUAAAGCCGAACACAAGAUACUCACCGAUUUCCUUUCAUCCCCGGCCUCAGCUUAUGUCGAGUUCAUCUGGGCAGACGGUGUCCUUAACCUUGGUCUCAUCCAACCUUUCUCCCGUGGAUUCGUCGCAAUCACCUCCGCCGACCCAUUCGUCUUCCCUUCCGCCGACGUUGGAUUCCUUACCAACCCUACCGAUGUGUUGAUUUUGGUGGAGGCUGUCAAGUAUGUGAGAAAGUUCAUGGGUACCAAGGCCAUCACGUCACUCCAGCCUCUCGAAGUUGUCCCAGGAUCAAAUGUCACCAGUGAUGCCGAUAUUGAGUCGUUCAUUCGAGGUGCCGUUGGAACUCUUUUCCACCCAGCUGGAAGUUGCAAGAUGGGUAAGAAAGAGGAGGGUGGUUGUGUGGAUGGAGAGCUGAAGGUCUAUGGUGUCGAGGGACUGAGAGUCGUUGAUGCCAGUAUGAUGCCACUUUUGCCAGGUAGUCAUACCAUGACUACUGUCUAUGCCGUUGCUGAGAAGGUACGCGUUUUCUACUUCCUACUUUCACUUGUGGUGAUCAGAUUGUUAACUGUUCACUUUUUUAGGCUGCCGAUAUGAUCAAGGAGGGUACCAAAUCUUCUAGUGCAGAAGAAUGCGAUGUGUAAGUCUUAGGAUACCAACGUUGAAUUGAUUUGCUUGUCUCAAUGUACAAAGCCUUAUUAAUUUUCUCAAGUGCUCUUUGUCGCAUUUGAUUGUAGCCACUAGUACCGGAAGUUUGUUCCUAUGGUAUCAUGAGCAUUCUUAUAUUGUAUUUAUCUUACCCUCUUGAUGGGCUUACGAAUCAAGUAUAUAUCAUCCAUAUAUGCCGUUUUGCCACAGCCGACGUCCAGG